CACCUUUUCCACUAAGCACGACUAGAUCCUUCUCGCAACUGAGUUCAGCGUAUUCACAACCAAUCUCUCGGAAUCUUGCAGUGCUACUUGUCCUACACUAUCCUACAACCUCACCUUUGUAUCGUGCCUGGGCUCUCGCACUCCAUUUUCUGUCAUCUCAUCAAGGGUCUUUCCACAGCGCAUAGCGACACAGCCCAAACCGGGGCCCCCCACAUCCACGAUGUUGAAGAUAUGGUCGAUGAAAAAGGAGCAGAAGGAGGCAGAGAACGCAGAGGGCCAGGCGACGGGUGGCAAGAAGAAGAAGGUGACUGCAGCUCAGCUGCGCGUGCAAAAAGAUCUUUCAGAACUUUCCCUCGGAUCGACGAUGAAGACAGAGUUCCCCGACCCCGAUGACAUCCUUAACUUCGUACUCAUGAUCGACCCUGAUGAGGGUAUGUACCGAGGCAGCCGCUUUACCUUCGAUUUCACCAUAAACCAGAACUUUCCCCACGAGCCUCCCAAAGUCCGAUGCCGAGAAAAGAUCUACCAUCCCAAUAUCGAUCUUGAGGGCAAGGUCUGCCUGAACAUUCUACGAGAGGAUUGGAAGCCAGUGCUGAACUUGAAUGCUGUGAUUGUUGGCCUGCAGUUCCUGUUCCUCGAACCCAACGCAUCGGACCCGCUCAACAAGGAGGCAGCUGAGGAUCUACGAAACAACCGAGAGGGAUUCAAGCGCAACGUGAGGACUGCUAUGGGUGGCGGAGUAGUCAAGGGCAGGACAUACGACAGGGUCCUGAAAUAGAUUUGGAAUAAGACAAAUAACAGGAGUCGCAGGGAUGGAGAAUCCGAAGGGAUGGGCCGUUAAGAUUCGGGGACGAUACAACGACUUAAUGGGUGUUUGAGACAGACAAGCAUUUGAUAGCAAAGAGCAUCGCGUGGCGUCUGAUAAAUCCAUGAUCUUGAUUAGGCAAUCCUUCAGCUUCCAAA